AUGGCUCCCUCUGCUUUGGAACAUGAGGACCUCGCACGCGAUGCUGCCUUCAACAAGGCCCUUCAUGGCAAGUCGUCCAAGGCCAAGGGUGGUCUAACUGCCUUGCGCGGGAAGGACGCCGCCGCUCAGAAGACUGCUGUGGAUGAAUACUUCAAGCACUGGGAUGAUCAGGUCGCUGCCGACGAGACAAAUGCGAUUCGUGAGGCCCGGAAAGCGGAAUACGCAACCCUGACCCGACACUACUACAACCUUGCGACGGACUUUUACGAAUACGGAUGGAGCACCUCAUUCCACUUCUGCCGCUUCGCCUAUGGCGAGCCUUUCCACCAGGCCAUCGCCCGCCACGAGCACUAUAUUGCCCUGCAGGCAGGCAUCACCAAGGACAUGAAGAUUCUAGAUGUCGGCUGUGGUGUCGGUGGUCCCGCUCGCGAGAUAGUCAAGUUCACUGGUGCCCAUGUUACCGGUCUGAACAAUAAUGACUACCAGAUUGACCGCGCUAGCUACUACGCUCAAAAGCAAGGUCUAUCGGAUAAGAUGACCUUUGUUAAGGGCGACUUCAUGCAAAUGAACUUCCCCGAUAACACAUUCGACGCUGUGUAUGUGAUUGAGGCUACCGUCCAUGCUCCCGAUCUUGAGGGUGUUUAUAAGGAGAUCUUCCGCGUUCUGAAGCCCGGUGGUACAUUUGCGGUCUACGAAUGGUUUAUGACUGACGAAUAUGACAACGAUGAUCCCGAGCAUCGUCGUAUCCGGCUUGGUAUCGAGCAGGGUGACGGUAUUUCGAACAUGGUUAAAGUUUCCGAGGGCCUGACUGCAUUCUGUAAUGCCGGUUUUAGCUUGAUCCACCACGAAGAUCUGGCUGCUCGUCCUGACCCCAUUCCCUGGUACUACCCGCUAGCGGGCUCAUUCAAGCAUAUGGGUUCGGUCUGGGACUUCUUCGUCAUCGCUCGUAUGACUAGGUGGGGUCGCGGCCUUGCCCACCGUUUUGUCGGUGCUGGUGAGACCAUCGGUUUCUUCCCGAAUGGCUCACAAAAGACCGCCAACAGUCUGGCGUUGGGUGCUGAUUGCUUGGUCGAGGGUGCUCGGAAGAAUUUAUUCACUCCUAUGUACCUUAUGGUUGGCCGGAAGUCUUAG